AUGGCAACACAAAAAUCUUUUCUCUCUUCUUCUUCGGCCAAAAUUUCUUACGACCCACUCGCGUCGGCUGUUCGUCUUCCUCAUUCCUCCUCUGUUCUAAUUCAGUUACAACAAAUCACUUCUACUAAUACCAAUUCUAAUCCCAAUUCUAAUUCUCAUUCAAAUUUAGAAAUUGAAAACCCUAAGAAAUCACCGUUUUUCCCUUUCUACUCUCCGAGUCCAGCUCACCAUUUAUUUUCCGACAAGUUUCUGAAAACUACGGCGACUUCGGAGAGGAGAUCCUUUAGACCAGCUUCUCCGGCGAAGCACAUUAGGUCGCUUCUUGCUCAGCGUCAUCGCUCGAUUAAGCUGAAUGGCUCUAGCAUAUCGAAAGAGAGUGAGGGUGAAGGUGAAGGUGAAGGUGAUGGUGAAGGUGUUUCUCUUGAUAAGAAUUUCAGAUUCUUGAAGAAAUUUGGGAGUAAGUAUGAGCUUGGUGAAGAGGUUGGUAGAGGACACUUUGGUUAUACUUGUUCUGCUGUUAUGAAUGUUAGUAAUAAGGGUGAUGUUAAGGGUCAUCGUGUUGCUGUUAAGAUGACUACUGCUAUUGCUAUUGAGGAUGUGAGAAGGGAAGUGAAAAUUUUGAGAGCUUUGAAUGGACAUAAGAAUUUGAUUAAAUUUUAUGAUGCUUAUGAAGAUCAUGAUAAUGUCUAUAUAGUCAUGGAGUUGUGUGAAGAGGCGAGCUUUUGGAUAGAAUACAGUCGAGGAGGGAAAUAUUAUGAGGAAGAUGCAAAAGCUGUCAUGACACAAAUACUGAAUAUUGUUGCAUUUUGCCAUCUACAGGGUGUUGUUCAUCGUGAUCUUAAACCCGAGAUAUCGCAAUUUCAUCAUCCUUUAGGACAAUGUUAG